GUCUGUGACCUAUUGUAUGUCUGGUCUAUCUUACCGUUAGUCAAUGCUUAAAUCACGCAACCCCACGUCGCUUUACUUCAUUAUAAAAAUUAAGCACAUAUUGGUUUUUGAAACAAUUGUCAAACAACUUUAUUAUUGUAGAUACAAUAAAAUUGAAUGCAAGCUAAUGUAAGAAGAAUAAUUCGUACAGCUGAAGUUUGAUUUAUUAAAAUUAAGGAGCGUUCUAUAUAUAAUGGGAUACUUUUUUUAAAGUUUUAAAUGUUAAGGCAUAAAUAAAUUUUUUAUAAGUUAUAUUACAUUUAAUACAAGAUCUGUUGAAAUACAAAAUGGUAAUGAAUGUACAAAAAAGUAUUACAAAAAAUUUAUCUUAUUCAGUAUUUAUAACUGAAAUAUUCAUUAACGAAAAUUUAUAAAACCCAGCAUUUAUAUAAAAUUGUUGAAAAAAUAAUGUUUUUUCACGAUGUAAUUGUUUUUUGCAUAGAAUGAUUUGUCUGAAUAAUUUUUCGUAUGUCUGAACAAUUGCACAAAGAAAUCACUUUUUCAUUAGUUGUAUAAAAUUCUUUGUCUUUCUUAUAUUUAAUUUCUAGUAUUUUGAGACUAAUUCAUUGAAUCGUAUUAUGAAGUAAUCAUAUUGCAAAAUAAUGUCAAUAUGUUCAAUUUUAUUAUGAAAUAAGCUGUAUGAAUUCAAUUAUUACUAAUUGUGCAUGUUUAAGAAUAAUGGCAAAAACAGAAGUUGUUGAAAAUUGGGAACCGUUACGACUGACGCAUAUUAAACCAUCAUUUAAUAAUGAAGAAUCAGCUUUGGCAGCACGUCAAGAUUUAUGGCAUAAGUUCAUUUUGUUUAACGUAGGACAAUAUAGUGCAACAGAAAUAUUAAGAACUGUUAUUGUUGCUUGUGAGCCUGAAAUUAUAUUGCCUGUUAUGUACAAAAAAGAAAGACCUAACAAAUGUACAUUCCUUACAAAAUGUAGCUCGAGUGCUAUUGAAAAUCUUGUAAAGCAAGGUUUAUGUAUAACUUUAUCAAAUGGACAAGAAUUACGUAUUGAUAUCAUAUUAGGAUAUACAGAUUCCCAAAAUUUACAAUUGAAUCCUAAUAGAAUUAUAGCACAGGCACUUUAUUAUAGAUAUGAGCCUACAAAAAAAGUGUUGAACCUUGAUGACUUUGAAAAUGAAAAAUCAUUAAAUUCUAUAUAUUGUCCCAUAUCUUUACCUAAAGUAUUACACUUUGUUUUAAGAUGUACUAAAAUGGGUAUUUUAAGCAAUAAUCGUGACUCACGAUUACCUAUUAGAGAACUGAGUUUAAGAUACAAUGAAAUUACAAGAAUUGUCUUUUUUGAGAAGUUCUUCAAUUAUCAUUUAACCAAAUUAGAUUUACGUCACAAUCAAAUUGCAGAUGUAGAAUACUUACGCUAUUUCAGUGAGUUUAAAAUAAGUGAACUUUGGUUAGAUGGAAAUCCAUUAUGUACAAAAUACAGCAAGUGUCAAGAUUAUGUACAAGCAGUAAAGAAUGUUUUUCCUCAUUUACAAAAACUGGAUGGGAUUGUAAUAGGUAUGGAGCAGAAGUUUGUUCCUAGUAUCCAAAGUAAUUUUCUAGGAGAUGGUACCAGUACUUGUCUGAUCAAACAGUUUGUGAAGCAUUAUUUCACAUUAUAUGAUCAAAAUGAUAGGCAAGUGAUAAAUGGUUUAUAUGAUAGAGAUGCACUUUAUUCUAUGAGCCUAGGACCUAUUUCAAAUUAUAUUCACAAACAAUUAACUAAAACGUUUGUUACAAACAGAAAUUUACUAAAAUUCGUUGAUUAUGCAAAGUGUCAAGAAUUUUUAUUACGUGGCCCAGAAAAGAUCAUUUCUGCACUCAGGAAUCAACCAUCUACUAUACACCACUUUAAAACAUUUCAUGUAGAUUUAUUAUAUGAAGGAGAGAUCCACCUUGCAAUUUCUGUGCAAGGAAUGUUUUCAUUCCGAGACAUUCAUCAAUGUCCACCAAUGUUUUUCAAUAGAACUUUCAUAAUUAUGAAGAAAGAAGAUAAUGAAUAUUGCAUCACUAAUGACCAAUGUUAUUUGGAUGGAACACCUGCUAAUACUUUGCUAGGAAACAGUGAAAUAAAGUUUGAAUCAAAAGGUGCCCCGAAAUUUAUUCCAACAGUGUUUAGUGUUUCUGAGAAAGAACAACUACUUAUAUUUUUACAUGAAAUAACUACAAUGAACAUGAAAUUUUGUCAUCAAUAUCUUGAAGAUGCCAACUGGGAUAUUAGAACUGCCAUUGCAACAUUUAUGAAUAUGUAUACAGUUAACAACGUGCCACCUGAAGCAUUUGUGUAAUAUAUAUUUUGUAGUUUAUUGUACAAUAUUUAUAUAAUAUUAAUAUUAAUAUUAUUACUUGUAAUAUACCUGUAGUGUAAUAAGAAACAAUUUAAUU